AUGGCGCCCCCCUACAACCACGAGACCAGGGCCAGUGAGCUUGUCCGCCACUACGCCCCUCAAAUCGCCGGAAAGAUUAUCCUCAUCACUGGCGUCUCCCCGGGAAGCCUCGGCGAAAGCUUCGUAAAGCAAGUCGCCGCAGCACACCCGGCGGUUUUCAUCCUCGCCGGCCGCUCAAUUCCCAAGAUGCAGGGUCUUGUCGACGAUCUUAGCAACACACACCCAAGCAUCAAGGUCAAGCCCCUCGCCCUGAGCCUUCUCUCAUUUGCCGACGUCCGGAAAGCGGCAGAGACCGUCAACUCCUGGACUGACGUGCCUCACAUCGACGUCCUGGUCAACAACGCCGGAAUUAUGGCUGUGCCGUACAAACAGACCGAGGAUGGUUUCGAGAGCCAAUUCCAAACAAACCAUCUCAGCCACUUCCUCUUCACCAAUCUCCUCAUGGGGAAGAUCCUGGCCUCGAAGACUCCGCGCGUCGUGACGGUCUCUAGCGGUGUGCACCGCGUUGGCCGUAUCCGCUGGUCAGACCACAACUUCAACGAGGGCAAGCACUACCAGCGGUGGCUGGCGUACGGCCAGUCAAAGACGGCCAACGCCCUAAUGGGUCUUUCGCUUACCAAGAAGCUCGGCUCCCGCGGUCUCCUCUCCUUUCCGAUGUGCCCGGGGGUCAGUUUCACGAACCUCGCGACGCAUGGAAGCGAUGACCUGGCUUCUUUCUCUGCGGACCUCUCGGAGAUGGAUAACUUGUAUGGAAAUAAGUGGUUGUGGGGCAUGGAGGAGAUGAAGAUCAAGGACUUGGACCAGGGCGCUGCGACGCAUGUUUUUGCUGCGUUUGAUACUGUUAUUGCAGAACACAACGGUGCCUUCUUGAGUGAUUGCCAUGUUGCCGACCCGGAUCUGGAAGAAGUGUACUCCUGGGCAACGACAAUUUCCAGCUGA